AUGUAUAGAGAAAGAUAUGGAUCUCUGGUAGACUGGGAAGAAAAGGCAGCCCAUCGAGCUGAUACCCUUGGCGCAGGGUACCUCAUGGAAGUUCUCUGCAGCAUCGUGGCGAAGAUCCUUGACGGCGUCGACAACUCGCAACCCCCUCGAAUCGACAAGUGGAUAAAUCUCAUCAGCAACGCGGCGUUUAGAGAGACAGGAGUGGUGGAGUGGACUCCACACACAAACCAAGCCUUCUCGCCACCGCCAGAACUUGACAGUAAAUACUUGGUCUCGCUCGCCAAGACUCGACUAGAUGCAACGGGAGAUCAUCUCUGGUACUUGCAGUGCGAUGCUACAUACAUACGGCGGCAUCUGAAGCUCAUGUUUGCAACCGAGAUCUUUAAGAAGGCCUCGGAUACCCAGAAAGGUGUGAUGGUUACGCAACGCAUCCGUUAUAAGGUGCGGAGUCACCAUUUGUGGCGUUGGAUUGAAAUGGAGUGCAGACAUGUCGACGCGGCGAGAGAGAGAUUUCGCGACAGCACAUAUCCUGGCACCACCUUGCCGGUCUCCUACGACCGAGCUCUCGGCGCCCUGGAGCUUCUCCUUGUCAAUCAGGUCAUAUACAGAGCCAGCUGCCUUCGGGAACUCUUGCCGUACGUUCCAGGGCUUCAGGAACACUGGAUCUUUGAGCCUGGUGCGAAACUACCCAAUGCAAUUGGCGUCCUCCGCCAAAAGAAGUCUGCCAACACACAGGAGUGCCUCGCUAAUGACCGCCUUUAUUGGUGUCUGGUCCAGUUACUCGCAAAGCCCGACGACCAAAGGACGUUUGAUCACUCCAUGCUCUUCGCAAUGCUGCAGGAGCACAUGUCUAAUAACCCGUCUGAGAGGGCUAGACUGGAUGAGGUCAUCUACCAGCUGCUCUCGGAUCUCGCGACUUGCCAUGAAAUGCUCAUGGCUGUCCGUUUCCACAGACCGCAGAAUGCAGCGAGAACGUUUAAGGAGGUCAAAGAGACAGAAGACAGACACGUCUGGAGAUGGCUACGAUCCAGGAGUAGUAACGUGGAAGAUUUCGGCGACCCCCAAGGCAUCGGGAUGUCACUUUUCAAGGACUUCUAUCUUGCAAAGACACCGACAGGUCCAAAGACUUCUGUCUGGCUUGCGCAGUCCCAGGAGCUCCGCGCGGCUCUGGAGAAGUUCUGGGAGUCGAUAAGAAGAGCAAUCAGGAAAGACUUUGAAGACUCGGCUUUCGGUCCGGCAGAGUAUCUGCAAGACAAGCAGCGAGAAGAAGAUGCAAUUCUCGCUGCUAUCCAGAAAUCCGAUAGCCCACAACCCGCAACCAAUUUCUUUGACGGGGCCGAAAGCUGUUCAGCGACCACAACGAUUGCCCCGCGCCCAGAAAAGACAAAAACAAGAGGUAAACAAAAAGACGAUAUUACGCCGGCACAUAACAGCGCUCCAGGUGCACAAGCGGAAUCUAUCGCAGUAUUCGAAGCUACCGCCAUUAAAGUGACGAAGCAAUCGUUGGACAUAUUUCUCUUGAUGUUCCCUGAGAAAGACGACGUUGUAAAGGACGUGUUAUAG